AUGUCGCUAAAAAGUUGGAGGACAAGGUCAUUUUUUAUUGAGCUUAAGCCAAAGAGUGAAUUUGCAUCGUUAUUUAUUGACUGUCCACCAACAGAAGAAAAUGGACAAGCUUGUAACAACAAUCAUUCAGGAACAUUGGAUGAAUCAAACGAAAGGAAAUCAUCACAUGUUGAAGAGGCAGCAGCAAGCACUAGUAAGGAAUUGCUAGAUCGGAAAGAGAUGGUUCAUAUUCGUGAAGAUUCCAUCGAAAUGAAUGCAGCAGUGGAUAAAACAGAGGAUAUUCAAUCAAAUUUAUUAUCAUCUUAUUCAGCAAAAUUCGGUGACCUAGUUCUGCAGCCGAAUUCAGUCUGUGCCCUUACUUGGGCAGAUAAUCAUCGGUUAUUCAUGUGUAAAGUACGAGCAGAAGUUGGUGGAUGUCCUUUAGUACCAAAAACAUUUCAUCGGUUAGCUGUUGAUGUGUCGUCUAGAAUGCUUCUAGAUGAAUAUAUUGAAAGUGCUCAAUCGCAUCCUUUACAAGCAGAAUGCGCUGAAUGCUCGGCAAAUCUUUUAAAUUAUUCUGAAAAUAGUCUGAAAAUGCAGUCUUUACCAGAAGAUGAUUGGUUGGAUACUUCUCCGUCUAUGGAAUAUUUUUGUCGUGAUACAUGUGGUGGCUCACAUUCUCAUGGUUAUCAUAAUUUCCACAGCUCAGACUUGAUUUCUGUUGCUGAUGCACAGAAACAGUGGCUUCCAAAUGAAAGCACAAUAGCAAUAUCCGAUUCAUAUAUUCUGGUAUUAAAAAAGAUGAUUACACCAAAUGCAGUAAAUAUUGACGAUUCGUCUGGAGUGGUACACUGUGCUAGGUGUUACACUGAACUUGGUAUCAUUCUCAAAAAAAAUCCUGAUAUUGUGCAAUUUCAUCAUGUAAUGUGCUGUCUAACGUUAGCAAAGGAGAGUGAAAUUUACAUAAAUAAUAGAUUUGGGACGUUGGAGCAUUUUUUUGCAUGGACGUUACUCUACCAGUGCGAAUCGCAGACAUCUCUGAAGCUUGUCCUUCGAUCAUAUGACAAGCGGCCAUAUUUACUGGUUUGGCUGUUGGAUUCGUACGUUGUAAUAUCUCAGGGAGAGUUAGCGAUAGCAAGUAGAGGUGAAGAAGAGAAUAAUUUGAUCUUUUCAUUCCCUGCACUCAAAAUGCUCUACAAAAUAUUUGAUUCUGAGUCAGCAAAAACAGACCCACGUGCAAAUGGAGAGGAUGCUAGUGUUGCCAUAUUAGAUAUGCCAUUGAUUUGUUGCGUAAAAUUUACGGAAGUACUACUUGAAUCAUCACUUGCCUUACCUCCUGCUGGACGAAGCGUUGGCCAAUUCUAUGUGCGUCUUUACAUAUGUAUUUGUCAUGAAUGA